AUACACCAAAACUUUCUAUUGAUCAGACAUUCUGUGGCCUGAUUUCUUGGAAUCAGUCGAAAGCGAACAGGCGAGUGAUAUGGUAUCGUUUUAAUGAGCCAGCUAUGAAAACGCUAAAAAUGGCUUGGAAAUCCUUUCUUUUGGCCCUGAUGCUGUUGCCAUCGUGUUCAACAGCAAUUACAAGCACAACUACUAUGAUCACACCAUCAUCCACCACUAUUGUAAACUCGGUAGACUCCACAUCUACUACGAUCGCUUCAUCACCCACCACUGCAUCUACUAUGAUGGCGCCGUCACCCACCACUUCUACUAUCGCGGUGGACUUCACAUCUACUCCAAUCGCGGCGUCACCCACCACUUCUACGAUCCCGGUGGACUUCACAUCUACUACGAUAGCGGCGUCCCCCACCACUACCACCACCACGGUGGACUCUGCAUCUACUACGAUAGCGGCGUCACACACCACUACCACCACCACGGUGAACUUCACAUCUUCUACGAUGGCGGUGUCAUCCACCACUACCACCACCACGGUGGACUUCACAUCUUCUAUUAUCGCGGCGUCACCCACCACUACCACCACCACGGUGGACUCUGCAUCUUCUACGAUAGCGGCGUCACCCACCACUACCAACACCACGGUGGACUUCACAUCUUCUACGAUGGCGGCGUCAUCCACCACUACCACCACCACGGUGGACUUCACAUCUACUACGAUAGCGGCGUCACCCACCACUACCAACACCACGGUGGACUUCACAUCUUCUACGAUGGCGGCGUCACCCACCACUUCUACGAUCCCGGUGGACUCUGCAUCUACUACGAUGGCGGCGUCACCAACUACUACUUCUACCGUGGUUCCGCUUGCUUCAACUACGACGACGAUGCAACCGACAACAACUAACGCAGCACCGUCAGAAGAUCCUAUCAUGUAUCCCUAUGGUCUGGAGACAUCAGAUACAAAGUAUAACCGAAACCAAUGGUACUGGAGGUGCCCUCGAGUUGAUUUUGAUUUUGGUGGACUUCCUUUUUUUGGAAGAAAACAUUAUCAUAUUCACGUCUGCCCAAAUGGUUUGAUGUCUUUCGAUUCGUCCUGGUUGCGAUGGUGGCCGUACAAUUUUGGUCAGUACUACUGGUUCGAUAGGUACGCUAUGCUUGCACCUUACUGGGGUUUAACCGAUGUUUAUUACUCCUUUGCUAACGACAUAUCUCAGAUGUACUACCACGUAUACCGAGAAUAUGACGGAAAUCCAUCAACAGAGAGCAUAUUGAAGAGGGCUGCAGAUGAUGUGAACAAGCACACCAGGAACAAUCCCUUGCCAACAGAGUUUACUAAGGCCACUUAUGUGUUGGUGGUCACGUGGGUUAGGUUACGUCACUGGUAUUCAGGGUGGAGGACCGUUAUGAAAAACAAGUUCAACACAUUCCAAGCAGUCCUCAUAACAGAUGGUGUGUUCUCUUUCGUUCUGUACAACUAUCCUCAAAACGGUAUCCAGUGGUCUGCUCCUGAUGAAACUCGAUAUUAUUAUCGAUACUGGUAUGACCGAGCGCUUCCAGUGGUUGGGAUCAACGCGGGAGACAUCAAUAGAAACUAUUACAAUCAUCCACGCUCUGGCAGAGUCCCCAUCGUAGACAUUGAUCAAAUAGAAGGGUUAAAUGCCAUUAAAUCUUUUGGYGACUUGAACUUUCGACAAACCUUGAAUGGCAUUCGUGGCAGACUGUUUAUCCGCCUGGAAGACUCACCUGGAAGGUUAGAUGCCAUGAUUGAAUGUGCCAAGUGGUACGUAAAAGAUAAUUGGGAGUUGAGWUCUCGAGGUUUGCAGSYYUAUCUCAACACGCUGGAAGCCUGUCCUUGUACGUAUUGGCAGGCUUGGAGAGACAGGAGAUUUAGGUAUGAGUCAGGACGAUGGCCAGUCUACUGCUUUGUCUCAAGGUUCCCUUCUGUGUUCGGAUGGGGACAGAAGUGCUGUUACGAAUUCAUUAGAACAACAGGAUGGUGGUGGGGAUGGUGGUGGUGGUUUCCUCUGUUAACAAGUGGAUUUCCUAAUGGCGGCAAUGCUCAAAAGCACCACCAACGUUGGGAUCGAUACAAUUGGGUACAGAACGACUACAAAGCGUACCAACAAUGUUGUGUUUAUAGCAACCUGUGUUGGAUGUAUCUAGAACGACGUCCAUCUGACACAUGUGCACGUUACGUCCCUCCGAGAAGGACGUGGUUUUGGGGCGAUCCUCACUUCGUCACACUGGACAGCAAGAACUACACGUUCAACGGUCUUGGAGAGUACGUCAUGCUGGAUGCAAAAGAUGGUUACUUUCAGAUACAAGCCCGAACGAGACUUGCUAAAGGAAAGGGUACUGCUACCGUGUUUAGUGGAGCUGUAGCCAAAGAGAACAAUUCCACAACUGUUCAAGUUACCUUGCCGUAUGAUAAUGAAACAAUGGAAGUUCUCGUAGAUGGAAAACCUUUUGACUUCAAAAGCCUGACCAACGAAUCUAUUGAUCUCAAUAAUGGUUCUGUUACGGUUUCCAAGCCUAAGGAACAAUGCUUCGAGAUGACUUUCCCUUCAGGAAUGUCAGUAACAAUAUGCGAAAAACAGAACAUACUUUCCAUCGUCACUACUGCUCCAGAGUCAUUCAAAAACAAGACGAAAGGUCUUCUUGGAACAUGGAAUGGAAAUCCAGAGGAUGAUUUUACUCUACCUAAUGGAACAGUACUGCCACACGAUAUGGCCGGCAGUGAUAUUCACUAUAAGUUUGGAUUGUCAUGGCAAGUCAACUCCACUACCUCAUUAUUUACCUACAAACCAGGCGAAAACUUCUCCACAUUCGUCAACUCAUCGUUCAAACCGAUGUUCAUUGAAGACAUCAAUUGGGCGAACGAUUCUCUCAGACUGCAGGCAGAAGCGGCUUGCAACGGUGAUAUUAGCUGUCUGUUUGAUAUAGCUUCAACGGGAGACUUGUCUGUUGGUUUAAGUACACGACAGAUAGGAUCACAGUUUGUGAAUGACUCUAAUAGACUGAGUAAGACAGUUACCGUUUUGAUCAAUGCCACUGAUGAUGAUGGUGAUGAUAUCAUAUUCAAUGUGAGCGGUCUUCCUGAUGGCACUAACCAGACAAUCUAUCCAACGUCUGUGUCGCUGAAAUGGAAAGUGACCAUGGAAAAGUUUGAGCUUGUAGUCAUAGCAACAGACAGCAAGGGCGCUUCUACAGUCUUCAAACCCACUACGUACAUCUGCCCAUGUCACAACAAUGGAAUAUGCGAGAAACCAAACAAACUAGCCAAUCAGUCGCUUGCAGAUCCAGGGAAGGAAAGGUUCUUUCUAAUGUCUUGUGUCUGCGUGGAUGGAUACACUGGACAGUACUGUGAGUCCGAUAUUGAUGCCUGUGAAGCAAACUCCAAUCCUUGCUAUCCUGGAGUUGAGUGUAAAGACUUGCCGCCGCCAGCCAACCUGACGAGUGGAUACACUUGUGAUCCUUGUCCUAGUGGAUAUACUGGAAAUGGUGCAAACUGCGCAGAUGUCGAUGAGUGCGCUGGAGUUAACGWCUGYGAGCAGAUAUGUGGCAACACACCAGGCUCGUACGUGUGUGACUGCAAGAAAGGAUACAAACUUAAUGUGGACAAGAAAACAUGCGACGACAUCAACGAGUGUGACCCUGUUAGUGACUGUAUGCAGAACUGCACGAACUAUGUCGGUAGCUAUUCCUGUUCCUGUAACAAGUAUUUCAAGGUUAAACCUGACAAUCCAAAGCAAUGCAUACCUGAAACUCCAUGUACGAAUAACCGUCUGGGCUGCACACACGUGUGUUAUGUUGCAGAUGAAGUUGAAACUUGUGCGUGUAACCAAGGUUACGAACUAGMCAACGACAAAAGGACRUGCGAAGAUAUUGACGAGUGCGCCAGGAAUGUCAACCGAUGUCAACAGAAGUGUCACAACACUAAAGGAGGCUACUACUGCUCCUGUGUCGAUGGAUUUGAACUCGCGUCCGAUAAU